AGAGGAUGGAAGGGAAGAGAUACAGAGGGAUAAGGAAGAGGCCGUGGGGGAAGUAUGCGGCGGAGAUCAGAGAUCCUUCCAGGAACGGCAUGCGCAUUUGGCUCGGAACCUUCCACACCGCUGAGCAGGCCGCCAGGGCUUACGACGCCGCCGCUUUCAGAUUCAGGGGUCACCGAGCCAUCCUCAACUUCCCUAACCAUUAUACCCACCUUUUUCCUCCUCCUCCUCCUCCUCCUCAUACUACCAUGAUCUCUUUCUCUUCUUCUUGUGCAGUUGCAGCUUCUUCAUCUUCACAUAAUUCAGCCGCCGCCGACAGAGAGAGCUCACAGAGCCAAGAACAGCAACAGGAUGAUCCGGUUGAGUUGGAGUGCUUGGAUGACAAGGUGUUGGACGAUCUUCUUCUUCAACCACAGCUUCCUCAUCAUCCCCACUCUCCUUCCACUGCUCAGCCUCCUUAGCUAUGAAUUAAAACAUGGGAAAAUCAGUAUAAAGUCCUUACAAGCAUUCUAGCUACCAUCAAGUUCCAUUGUGAGGUCCUAGCCACUUGGCUGUGAAUAAUAUUUGUUGUGAAUCGAUAAAAGUACCCUGAUUAAAAAAAGAAGAAAAGAAGAAAAGAAAACGCACGAAGUACUCCCACAACCCCUUCCCUCUUCCUUUCUCCCUCCCUCCCUCCUUCUUAUUCUUAUUCUUAGUCAUCCUCGAACCCUAUCUUCAUUGGUGCCAGAAUCCCCACCAUCGACCUUUACGGUCUUGACUCUCUUGACCAUCGUCUUGCCGUGGUGGAGCAAGUCAAGUGGGUAGCCUUCACCAUGGGCUUCUUCCAGGUAUCCUAAUAGAAAUCCAAGAUCAUGAGCAAACUUACUCUUGAAGGCAUUGCUCAGCCUUGUCAUUUCUUUGUUUUCUUAUAAUAAAAUCUCCUUCCAUUCAAAAGAAAAUGAUACUGGGAGGGAAGAGCCACUGUUAAGAAAAUAAAAAUUAGUGAUGGAUAUUUAGUCACAGAUUUCCAAUCUAUCACUAAUCAUGGGGAGGGACUGUUUUCUUUAUUAAUGUGUUUGUGGUUGAUUUUGUU